AUGGAAGAAGAUGGAUUGAAUAAUCGAAAUUGGGGUUAUUACGAGCCGUCACAAUUCAGACCAAAUCUAGGGUUUCAACUAAUUCCAAGUAUCUUAGACCGAAACGAGAAGCCAUUUCUCUCCCCUCAUAGUCAGAAUCUAAACUUCAUAACACCUUCCAAUGUCUAUGGUGGCGGUAGCAGCAGUGUUGUGUCGUAUCCGCGUGAUUACACUGUCUCUGAUGCACCAUUCAUGAGUUAUAGUUGGUUAAACCAGCACAAAGAUAGCAAGUUCUUCAGCAAUGUUCCUGAAGUUUCUAGGAUGACUCAGUCGAUGCAGCUUUUGCAGCCCGAGGUGGUGACUGAGGUUGAUGAGUCUGUCAAGAGAAGGCAUUGUAGUGGUGGGCAGAGAGGUGGUGUUCCUAAGGUGAAGAAAGAGAAGAAGCUCAAGGAUAACAAUAUGCCAAGAGUACAAAGAGAGAGAAGUCCUUUGUUGAGGAAGUGUAUAGAGAUGGUGAUAAAUGGUGUUUCUAUGGAUAUUGGAGGUUUACCAGUUCCGGUUUGCUCGUGUACCGGAAUGCCUCAACAGUGUUACCGAUGGGGUUGCGGGGGAUGGCAGUCUGCUUGUUGUACCACUAAUGUUUCGAUGUACCCUUUACCGGUUAAUACUAAAAGGCGUGGUGCGAGGAUUGCUGGAAGGAAAAUGAGCCAAGGUGCUUUUAGGAAGGUUCUUGAGAAACUCUCUUCUGAUGGUUUUGAUUUCUCAAACCCUAUUGAUUUGAAGUCUCAUUGGGCUAAACAUGGAACCAAUAAGUUCGUCACCAUCAGAUAA